GAAUAUCCGAACAAAUUUAGAACGAAUCUUUUUAUUUGAUUUCUCUACAAUGACAGUGGUUCCGGCUUUUAUUGUGAUAUUAAUUAAUCUCUCAGCACUUGAGGGAUUUCGGAUUUUGGGAAUCUGCCCUAGCACUAGCUACAGCCAUCAACAGCCAUUUCAAGCACUAAUGAAGGCUCUUGCAUCCCGAGGUCAUCAAGUAACUGUUAUCUCACCAGUUCCACUCAAGAAACCUACUAAAAAUUAUGUAGACGUGGAUGUAUCUUUUACGUAUCGCACUAAAGACUGCACAAAACUAAGGUUUAUUGAUGCCUUUUCAAUUUUAAAAGAGAAUAUGGACGAAUCCAAUAAAUUAUGCGAGGAACAAAUAUCGAGCACAGCAGUGCAGAAACUAAUAAGCGGCAAAGAAACUUUCGACGUUAUGAUCAUAGAACAAUUGUGGUUUCAAUGUUAUUAUGCCUUGGUGAAACGAUAUAACUUUCCGGUUCUAAUAGGGUUUUUGAGUGUCGGUAAUUUACCAUACGCCAUGGAUUCUGUAGGAAAUCCAGAUGAUCCACUAUUAAAUCCUGAUAUGGCAUAUUCAUUCAGUGACAAAAUGUCAUUGGUCGAAAAAUUUUGGAACGUGGUAUAUACAACAUGGACUAGAUUGUAUCACAAAUUUGUUCAUUUACCACGUGCUCAAAAAAUAGCUGAGAAAAUUUCACCUGGAACAUCUGUUUUUGAGAUUGACAGAAACUUUAGUUUAGUAAUUCUCGGGAAUAACCACAUCUUUGGAUACCCAAAACCAUUGUUACCUAAUAUUAUAGAAGUUCAUAGUUUGCAGAUAGGUGACCAUCCUGGAAAUUUACCGCAAGAGAUUCAAGAGUUUCUGGACAACGCGAAUGAAGGAACCAUCUAUUUCUCUUUGGGCUCAAAUUUGCAGACAAGCCAGCUACCGACUGGUGCUUUGACCGCGUUGUGCGAUGCACUCAGCUCAGUGAAGCAAAGAGUUCUGUGGAAACAUAGCGAAAUCCUGUCCGUUCAGUCGAAAAACAUCAAAUUUGUAAAAUGGGUGCCUCAGCAAGCAGUUUUAGCACACACGAAUACGAAAGUUUACAUGAUGCAAGGAGGUCUUCAAUCAAUGCAGGAAGCUGUCCAUUAUGGUGUGCCCUUAAUAGCAAUUCCGUUCUUCGGUGAUCAGAAUUUCAAUACCCGUAAAAUUCUAGAUUCCAAAAUUGGCCUUUCGUUGCACGUCGAUACAAUGACAAAUUGGUCAAUUGUACACGUUUUGGAUGAAAUUCUAGAGAACCCGAUGUACAGGAAUAAUAUUAAAGAGAUGUCAGCAAUGAUAAAGGACGAACAGAUUAAACCCAUAGACAAGGCCGUCUGGAAUAUAGAACAUUUACUUAAAUUUCCUAAAGCUCCUCAUUUUCGUUAUCAUGGAAGAGAUAUCACUUCAUUAGAAUAUUAUGGUACCAUAAUCACCAUUGUAACCUUUCCCGCUUUAAUUAUAACGAUUAUAGCUUGUGUCGUUCACAAGACUUACGUAUAUUUCUCCAUCACGAAAAAGGGAAAUUUGAGUGUUGUUAAAGAAAAAUCACUUUGAAUUGGAAAUAAAAAAAUAUAAUCAAAUUUUCAAUCAAAUAAUAUUUUAACGAUGAAGCUUGUAGGCCUCGGACUUAUUUUAUAAAUUAAAAAUAGGGACAUUAGUAUCAUUAUUUAAUUAGGUUUUUCUUU